UAAUUUAUUUAUUAGUUAGUUAUAAACUUAUAAUAUAUCCUAUAUACAAUAGUAUUGAGGUAUGAAUUUUACAAAAAAGAAAAAGAAAAAAAUUCCCCCCGAGUAUGAUAAAUUGAUAGUAUUUUUCAUAGAUCUCGUACACCAAGUGUAUGAUAGAAGUUCUCUCUGAACAAGCAAGCUGACCAAAGAUCUGUUAUUUCCUCCAUAUUUGCAUGCAAAAAAAGAAUGUUGGAUCAUUUGAUCAUCACUGCCAUUUUAUCCUUCUCUCUUCCCUGUGUGUUUUGGAUGAUGAGAAUGCAGAAACACAACAUUAAUAAUUAAUUGCACCAUGGGAAACAACAUGGCUUCAUCAUCACCCUCUCCUCUCCAAUGUUCAUCAUCUUCAUCUUCAUCUUCAUGGCACUUUAUGAAAUACCUGGCUGGAUCUUCAUCCUCGGAAUAUGACAGCGAUUCAAGCACAAACCCCACAUGUACCCAGAUCCUUCUAGCCUCGUCCAUUGGAUUCAUUUUUGCAGCCGUCAUGCAUUUUCGCAUCAAGAAAAUCCGGGACCUGAAAAUCGAGCCAAGACUCAAAGUCUCUGAAUCAGGCCAGAUCCUCAAGCUUGAAAGAUUUUCUCAUUAUGUAGCUAGGCAAAUUGGAUUUGCAGAUAGGAGAGAGUGCCCAAACUUAUGCAAAUUAGCUUCUGAUUAUAUAAGAAAAAUAGAAGGGUGUGAGGAAGAAAUAUAUAAUUUCUUUGCUAACGAACCGGGCGCGGAUUCUCUAUUCAUAAAGCUUGUGGAAGAGCUUGAAAGACUGAUCCUUAGUUAUUUUGCAUUUCAUUGGAGUCAAGCUUCUAAUAUGAUCAGCCAGAUUUUGAGUGCUACUGACUAUUGUGAGCCAAAAAAGAAGCUUAAAAACAUUGUCAUGGCAGCUACUAGGGAGCAGAGAUUUGAGAGGGUGACAAAGAAUCUGAAGGUUGCAAGAGUGUUCACAACCCUGGUGGAGGAGAUGAAAGCCAUAGGACUUGUUGCCGCUGAUGAUUCAAAAUGCACAGAUGUGAUGGUACCAAUGGCUCACAAAGAUAGGAGCCCUGUCCUCCUCUUCAUGGGUGGUGGCAUGGGAGCAGGGAAAAGCACUGUGCUCAAGGACAUUCUCAAAGAACCAUUCUGGGUUGGGGCUGCUGCCAAUGCUGUUGUAAUAGAGGCAGAUGCCUUCAAAGAAUCAGAUGUCAUCUACAAAGCCCUCAGCUCCAGGGGCCAUCAUGACAUGCUUCAAACUGCAGAAUUGGUGCAUCAAUCAUCUACGGAUGCAGCAUCAUCUCUGCUUGUAACCGCGCUGAAUGAAGGGCGAGAUGUGAUCAUGGAUGGCACGCUUUCGUGGCUACCAUUUGUGGUGCAGACAAUAACAAUGGCUAGAAAUGUGCAUCGCCGCCGCUAUAGGAUGGGAGCCGGCUACAAGGUGGAAGAUGAUGGAACUGUGAUUGAGAACUACUGGGAAAGGAUUGAUGAGGAGGAGCCCUACCCUGUUGAUGGGGUUAAAAAGAGAAGGCCUUACAGGAUAGAGCUGGUUGGGGUUGUCUGUGAUGCUUAUUUAGCUGUCAUUAGAGGAGUAAGGAGAGCUAUAAUGUGUAGAAGAGCUGUGAGGGUAAAUUCACAGCUAAAGUCCCACAAGAGGUUUGCAAAUGCAUUCACAACAUACUGCAACUUAGUAGACAAUGCUAGACUGUACAGCACUAAUGCUCUUGAAGGCCCUCCCAAAUUGAUAGGAUGGAAGGACAGGGAAAGGACAUUGUUGGUUGAUCCAGAUGAGAUAAAUGUGCUAAAAGUGGUGGGGAGGUUGAAUGAGGAUGCAGACUGCAUACAUAACCUCUAUAACCACCCUCACCCAGCUUACCAGAAAGGUGCCUUUUGGAAAGACAUUGUGAUGUCACCUUCAAGGUUGAGCAUUCAGAAGGAGCUCAAAUACUCCAUCCAGAAAGUUGAGGCCUUCUACUCUACUAAUCAUGAAUAUUUGGGCCAUUCUACUCAAUCUCAAGUUGGCUUGGCGCAAUGGCUAUGAUAAGAUGCUGGUAGGAAAUGAAUUGGUUAGCGAGAUGCUGCCAUGUUCUUCGCAAACAAAAUCAUGUUCGUUGUUGAUUGGCUAGCCAGAAAGUGUAGCAAUGGUUGGGAUCUGAUGUUGUUUUUGUCAUGCCCAUUGGGAGAGCUUGAUAAGUGGAUUCACCGUGAUUAAGUUGGGGUUCUAUACUCAGAGAGAAUAGUUUUGUUUAGUUUUCAGUUUGGGCGCGAAGCCCUUCCUUUCUUACCCAAAAAAAUGA